UGUCCGCCCGCGGCCGCCGUACCGGGGCGGGGGGAGGAAGGGGCGGGGUUCCCGCGCGAAGGAUUCAAACGGCGGCGGCAGGAAUCAGGACAGUUUGCAGCGAUGGAAGCCUUCAAGUCUCCAAACAGCCUGGCCCACAGGGAGAAAUCUGAUGGGGGGGCAGUUUCUGUCACCAUCCCAGCCUCUCCCUUCAUGCAGAAGCUUGGAUACGGCACUGGGGUCAACGUCUACUUGAUGAAAAGAUCUCCCAGAGGUUUGUCUCGCUCCCCUUGGGCUGUGAAGAAAAUUAAUUCCAAAUGCAACAGGAGCCAGCAGAGCAUCUAUCAGCAGAGACUGAACGAAGAAGCCAAGAUCUUGAAAAACCUCCAGCACCCCAACAUCGUGGGUUACCGUGCGUUUACCGAGGCCAAUGAUGGAAGCAUGUGUCUGGCCAUGGAGUACGGAGGAGAAAAAUCUCUCAAUGACUUAAUUGAAGAAAGAAGUGCAGAACAGUUGGGCCCUUUCCCUGCUGCCACGAUUUUCAAAGUUGCCUUGAGCAUGGCGAGGGGGCUGAAGUAUCUUCACAACGAUAAGAAGCUGCUCCACGGAGAUAUCAAGUCUUCAAACGUGGUCGUUAAAGGUGACUUUGAAGCCAUCAAGAUCUGUGAUGUGGGAGUGUCCCUGCCCCUGGAUGAGAACAUGACCGUGAGUGACCCAGAGAUGUACUACAUCGGCACUGAGCCCUGGAAGCCCAAGGAAGCCCUGCAGGAUGACGGCGUGAUCACCGACAAGGCCGACAUCUUCCCUUUUGGGCUGACUCUCUGGGAAAUGAUGACCCUCUCCAUGCCCCACCUCAACCUGGGCGGCGACCCUGAUGACGAAGAUGAAUCUUUUGAUGAAGACUGCUUUGAUGAGGAAGCAUAUUAUGCAGCCCUGGGAACCCGCCCAGCCCUCAACAUGGAGGAACUGGACUCAUCCUACCAGCACAUGAUCGACCUCUUUUCUGUCUGCACCAGUGAGGACCCCAAGAAGCGUCCCUCGGCUGCGUGCAUCAUGGAAGUACUGGAGGCAAGUCUGCCCCAGGAGUAAAAGCAUCCAAGCUCCCAUACCCGUGCCAUGGGUGCAGGAGCUGAAGGAUUAAACUUAGAAGAGUAAGGCUGCUCCUGCAGCAUUUAGCCUUCUAGUAUGUGAAACCGGCUCUGUGUACUUAAAAACCAGAGCCUAAACUCAUUAAACUCUAACCCCUGGUUUAAGGACAUGCCUGAGGUGACUGGGGCUUGCUCUGCUUCUAGAGCAAUCCCCUUGCACCUGCACUUGUUCCUAAAUAAGCUACAUGCUCUGUGCAACA